CAACAAUCAUUUUGCCGUGUUAGAAGAUAUGAAUAUGCAUUCGCGUUUUGUCGGUUGCUGAAAAGUUAGUAGUUAUUAUAAUUAUUUGUAGAAAUUCUAUUUUUAGGAAUUAUCUACAUUUGCAAUUGAAAACAAUGCGUGUUGAUUUGUUUCUAGAAUAAGUUAAUAGGUUAUGGUUGAACAGUAAGCUAACGCUUUAUCGAUUUGUUUAACGAUAUUUUUUAUUAAACGUGUAUAACAAUAUGGUUUCGACGCGUGGACCAAAAUUUAAAUUUUGUGAUGGUGAAAAAGUACUCUGUUAUGAGCCUGAUCCUACGAAAGCUAAAGUGUUAUAUGAUUCUAAGGUCUUAGAUGUUAUAAUUAAUAAAGAUCAACGUGGAAGAAAAGCAGUCGAAUAUUUGAUACAUUUUCAAGGAUGGAACUCUUCAUGGGAUCGAUGUGUAACAGAAGAAUACGUUCUAAAAGACACAGAAGAAAAUCGUCAACUUCAGAGAGACCUUGCACAAAAAGCUCAACUUCAACUGGGAGCCUACUUAUAUCGCCGAGAACGUAAGAAAAGAAGUCACAAAUUAUCAGAUCGUCUAAACGAAUCAGAAAAUCAAGAACCACGACGGAGAGCACGAAGUGGUGGCAGUAGAGCUACUUCGGCUACUACUGGAUCUUCUGAAGAUGGUAGUUCUGGACAACAGGCUGAUUAUGACACAGAGGAAGUUAUUACAGAAGAAGAUAGUGAGAGUAGUUCAGACUAUGUUGGUGAAAGUAGCGACGAUGAAGGUAGUGGUGGAGGAAGUCAGUCUGGUGCAAGUGUUAAACCAGGAGUUGAUCUUGAUAUAGGUACCACCCUGAAAAGAAUCUUGGAUUUGGAUCAUGAUUUAAUCACUAGUAAAAACAAGUUAGCUGUAUUACCUGCACAACCAACCGUUUCAAACAUUCUGGAAUCAUGGGUGCAGCAUUUUACUACAACUCAAUUAACAAAUAUUCCAGACAAACCACAACGAAAUAAAGCAAAUAAUUCCAUAGAAAAAACAAUAAAUGAAGUAAACAUAUGCAGAGAAAUAGCAGAUGGGUUACGUAUAUAUUUUGACUUCACAUUACAUGAUCUUUUACUAUAUAGACAAGAAAGGGAACAAUACUGUACCUUGAAAUCCUCCUUUUUAUAUGCAGAACAGGUACAAAUGAUAAAAGAGGAAUCAAUCGAAAAUGUAGAGAUUUCAAUCAAAGAAGAAUUUGAAGAUACCGAAUAUGCUCAUUUGCCCCCAUUUCAAGAACAUGAACAAGACAUGGAGUCUACUUCAAAAAAUACAAUAAAUUCUAAACGAAGAUUAAGAUCAUACAGAGUAGGUUCUGUCGAUGAAAAUAGACAAUUACGAUCUUUUGACGAUCUUAAAACAGAUCCAGGAAAUUUAUCAAGCAUAGCAAGUACAAGCUCCAGAUGUUCUAGUCCACGUGGUGUAACAUUGAGAAUGCCUAUUAUUACCUCUGCACAGAUUAAUGCUUUGUUACAACAAUCGAAUAAAUGGAGAUUAAUACCAGAUUCUUCAAUUUGUGGUAAUAAUACUCCAAAUCCUUCUACAUAUUAUGGUGCUAUUCAUCUUACACGUCUAUUUGUAAUACUACCCGAUUUGCUGCAGUCUGCUGAUAUUCCAAAUAAAAAAUUAAAACUUCUAAUGAAAUACUUAGAUAUGUUCCUCAGUUACUUGGAGAUGCAUAGAGAGUGGUUUGGAGAACAAUUCUAUAUGCAAAUAGAUAAUCAAUCAAUGAUACAAGCAAGCAGUUCAUGAUAUAAAUAAACUCGGUGUAUACGUGUGUGUAUAUGUAUAUAUAUAUAUAUAUAUAUAUAUAUAUAUAUAUAU